AAACUUACGACUUCUAAUGUCGCGUCAAAUCAGACAAUGUCUGAACCAAAGUCAUCAGUUUUAGGUCCUGUUAAAGGCUAUUUCACAAGUAAAGAUUAUAGGUUCUACAUUAUUGCUGCUGGCUCGGUAUUGAUUUUGGCAGGAGCUAGCUUCUAUUACCUUCGGACUCCCAAGCCUCCAAAACCAAAAACACGUUCUAAAAGAAGAUCAUCGAGACCUGCCGGAAAUGCAGACGCUGGAAAAGAUAGAGGAGGUAGAACUAAAGAGGAACCUGAAGCCGAAGAAUUCGAAAAAUAUAGUUCUGUACAAAUUGAUGCUUUACCUGUGGAGAAACGCGUCACAGCUUCACAAAUACUCAAAAGUCGAGGAAAUAUAGCGUUCGGUCAAAACAAUUAUCAAAAAGCUAUAUCCCUUUAUACGAAAGCGAUUGAAUUUAGCCAGAACCCAGUAUUUUUCAGUAACCGAGCUGCAUGUUAUUAUAACACAAAUGAAUAUGCGAAAGUUAUCGAGGAUUGCAAUAAUGCGUUGCAAAUGGAUCCUCUAUAUGUCAAAGCGUUAAAUAGACGCGCUAUGGCAUAUGAACAAACCUCUCAAUAUGAAGAAUCUUUACAUGAUUUCACUGCAGUUUGUAUAAUCGGUGAGUUCAGAAAUGAGAACGCUACAGCAUCUAUUGACCGACUUUUAAAGAAAGUUGCUAGUAUCAAAGCUCAAGAAAUUAUUCAGAAUCGUAAAAAACGACUCCCGUCAACAAAAUUCAUAUCUUCAUAUAUGGAGGCAUUUCGCAAAGCACGGCCUUAUAUGGUUGAUGAGGAGCAAGAAGGCGAUGAAUUUUAUAAAGCUGCGGAAAAUUUUUUGAAUGAAGAACGUUAUGAAGAAGCAAUGAAUGCGUACGGAAAAGCCAUAGAAGUUGGAUGUUCCUAUAUGGCUGAAGCCCUCAAUAUGAGAGGUACCUUCACUUAUUUAACGGGUGAUUCCAAGGGUGCUUUGGAAGAUUUCAAAAAGGCACUUGAAAUUAAGCCUGAUUAUGUUCAAAUAUAUGUAAAGCGUGCUACAAUUUACAUGGAACAAGAUAACGCUGAUCACGCAUAUCGAGAGUUUGAUGAUGCUAUUAAAAUUGAUCAAAAUGAUCCAGAUAUAUAUUAUCACAGAGGACAAGUAUAUUUCCUCAAUAGUAUGUUUGACAAGGCAGUUGAUGAAUAUCAGCGUAGAAUUGAACUUGACCCAGAUUUUGUUUAUGCGUAUAUUCAACUUGCGAUAGCCCAAUAUAAAAAUGGGUCUAUUUCAGAAGGAAUUAAGACUUGUCGACUAGGACUUCAAAAAUUUGUUAAAUCGGCUGAGAUGCAUAAUUAUUACGGUGAACUCCUUGCUGAUCAAAAGAAGGUUGAUGAAGCCAUGGAACAAUUUGACAAAGCUAUUGAAUUACAAAACGGAAAUUUUGCAUUACCUUUCGUUAAUAAAGCAAUGCUCUGUUUCCAUGUUAAGAAUGACCAUGCUCAAGCUGAAGAUUUUUGCCGUAAAGCAUUGGAAAUUGAGCCAGAAAGUGAUAUUGCAAACACGAUCAUGAGUGAGAUUCUACUUGCUAGAGGAAACUUGGAGGAAGCACUAAAAUAUCUUGAAAGGUACCAAGAAGUUGCACGAACAGAAUCUGAACUUCAAGGUAUCCUGGAGUAUGCAGAAGCUGCACGAUCUCAUAUUGCUUUCAAACGAAGAUAUCCACAACAUGCUGAUCGUGCUUCUUCACUUGCUCGGUAAAAAAAUAAUUUCACACUUAAAUAUUAUUAUUUUUUUUUUAAAUCCGCAGUUAUUAACAAGCACUAUAUGUAAACUAAAAAAAACUAUUAUAUUAAAAUUAGUAAAUUUGCUAAAUUUUUAAAUAAAUAUACGGUCACCUCCGAAAGGAGUGACACGAUGUUUCACCAAUCAAGUAUUGAAAAAAAAAUUUCUUAUACC